AUGAUCACCGCACUGCUGCUCGGAGGCGGCAUCCUUGCGCUGUACGUGUACUGCAAGCUCAAGUUCCGGUUCGCCGAGCGCAUCCCGUGCGUCGAACCACUGCGACCGUUCUUCGGUAACGGACUUGAGUUUGCACAGAAAAACUCGUACGAAAUCUUCAAGAACUUGGACAGGGCGUUCGCGCAGAACAAACGCAUCUUCAAGCUCUGCUUCGGCCCGAUCCCGGUGAUCUGCCCGACGCACCCGGACCUGAUCCAGAAAAUCAUGAACGAUCCGGCCACCAUGGACAAACCGUUCGUCUACAACUUCAUGCGCGUUGACCAGGGCCUGCUGACGGCGGAGUAUGACACGUGGCGUGUGCACCGCAAAACGCUGAAUCCCACCUUCAACACGCGAAUCCUGAACAGCUUCAUUCCGAUCUUCACCGAUUGCGUGGCGAAGAUGAUCGGCAACCUGCGGGCCCAUGCUGCGACCGGGAAGUCCCUGAACGUGCUCGAGUUUACUUCGCCCUGCACGCUCGAAAUGAUCUGCCGCACCUCGCUGGGCGGCACGGUGCUGGAGCGGGAAGGCAAGCAGGAGUUCGUUGAAGGUCUCGAGAUCAUCCUUCACAAUGUCGGCCUUCGGAUGUUUAACGCGAACCUCUACCCGGACUUUGUGUACAAAUACACGCGUUUGUACAAAGCCGAAAUGGAGCAACGAAAGAUAUGCUACGCAUUCACCGAUAAGGUGAUCGAGGAAAAGCGUGCCGAGUUUGAGAAGAAACUGCACCGGCGGAUCGAUGGGAACAACAACAGCGAGGCGCCAACGGUGGACGCCAAUGGCAACGUCGUCUUCGACGACGCCGAAGAAGACGAUCUGCUCAGCUACAAGAAGCCACAAAUCUUCGUCGACCAGCUGCUGACCAUCCCGAACGAUGGCCGGCCCUUCACGCACCAGGAAAUCACCGAUCAAAUCUACACGAUGAUAGCGGCGGGCAAUGAAACGUCCGCCACGCAGGCCGCGCACGCCUGUCUACUGUUGGCCAUGCACCCGGAGAUCCAGGAGCGGGCCGCAGCCGAGGUGCACGACGUGCUGGCCGAUGACGCCGAGUACACGCACGACACCCUGAAGCGGAUGGUGUACCUCGAGCGGGUCAUCAAGGAGUCGCAACGGCUGUGCCCGGUGGCCGCCGUUUUCGGCCGGAAAGCGAUCGCUCCCAUCCAGCUGGACGAGUUCCUCAUCCCGAAGGGCUUCAUUCUGCUGCUGAACGUGUUCGCGCUGCAGCGGAGCAAGGAGUUCUGGGGCCCGAACGCCGACCGCUUCGAUCCGGACAACUUCCUACCGGAGCGCGUCCGCCAGCGCCACCCGUACGCCUAUCUGCCGUUCAGCGGGGGCCCGCGAGGGUGCAUCGGGAGCCGUUAUGCUAUGAUGAGCCUUAAAGUGAUGCUUUCGCAGAUACUGCGGAACUUUCGCGUGACCACCGACAUACCGUACGAGAAGCUGGAGUUUAAGUUCAAAGUGUCGAUGCACCUGGCCUUCGAGCACUCGGUGAAACUGGAGCCCCGCCACUAA